AUGAGCUUACCAGAGACAUUUGAUCCAAGCACCAUGAUGGAGCUCACAUGCAGAGCAGUGUCUUUGUUGAUGCAGGGGAGAUAUGAGGAGUCACAGGCCUUGCUGCACGUAGCCUUGCGAAAUCUUAUGAGCGUUGCCUCCCCCGAGGUAACAAAUGAACGUCCACAAGCCUUCAUGGCAGGCGAAUCACUCUACUUUGAAAGCUUCAUAAUUCCUUUCAAUAACGCUACCGGGACCAGCUCUGAAGCGUUUGAUGUGUUCAAUCGAGCUCUCGUGAUCCGCCCGGGUGGCAACCCAGCUGCCGCCAUUGCUGGAUGCCCUCAUUUGCUCGAGAGACUAGCAACCGUGCUUCUCUAUAACUUGGCACUUUCUCUGCAUUUAAGAGCACUGGAAACUGGAAGUAGUAAGAAUCUUCGCAUGGCCCUGCACAUCUACCAACGUGCCAUGGCCUUGUUGGUGAAUGUGAAUACCGGUGCUGUCGACGAUGACAGCAUUGUGGCGUUGGCGUUGCUGAACAACAUGGGCCACAUCCACGAGGCAUCCUUUUCCUGUCACAAGGAAGCGUCCACUUGUUUGAGCUUGCUCCGACAGAUCUUUGAAGGAAUUGAUUCCAGCCACGCCCUCCGAGAUGACGAGUCUCUCUUCUUCUACUUGACUCUCUUUUUGUACCCGUCUUACCAAAAAGGUAUGGCCGCUGCAGCUUAG